UCAGCGAGCCAAGUGAUGAUCCGCACCUCUCUUGAAGAAGCCAAGGACCAAGCAGAAAUACUGAAAAGGCAUAUUCGCGAGAAGGAGCUUCUCAUCUCCCAUUUACAAAGUGAAAAUUCUGAGCUUCGAAAGUCUGAAAGCAAAGCAAGGGAGCUCCAACGACGUCUCGAUGAGCUGAAGCAGGUGGAGGAACUCUCUCGUAUAAUGAGGGAUGAACUGAAACGGUUACCGCUUGUCGAAAAAGAACGGGCAAAGCUUCAAGAGGAAGUCGAGCAACACCGGCUGGCCCGUAUGAAUGUGCACUUGAUACAGGAACGCUUGUUAGCAGCUCAGCACAAUACAGCCAAGGUAAAGGAGCUGCAAGCGCUCAACACUCAGCUACAGGUGAAUGUGGAGCAGCUUCAAGAACAACUGGAAAAAUGGAAGGAAUUGGCAGCUGAACCACACGGUCUCGUGAGUCCAACAGCAGUGCUGCAGUGCCUGGCUGAUCUGCGGCACUCUGAGUUGGCUCUGACAGAACGACAGUCAAAGUUAUUAGCAGAGAACGAAACACUGCGAAACAAAGCAGAGACCAGCAGCCAAGAACUUCGUCGAACGAAUGCCAAGCUUGUGAAGGUCCAGUCGCAGUUUGAUGAGCAGACAGCAUUGCUGCGCAGAAUGCAGAGGCGCCUGCUUCUCUUGGGAAAGGAAAGGGAGGCAUACCGGGCCAUGAUUGAGAGCUACCAGAAAGAAGCCGGCCCCAAUUGGCCAGCUGCGGCUGCCAAGCAGAUCCAGUUUCUGGAGAAUGUGCUCACCGACUAUCGCCACUCCCUGGAGCAGGUGGACAAGGAGUUGCAUGAGCUGCGAUGUCAGAGGAUGUCCGAUUCCACUACAACCAGCACGGAGGUGCAAACAGACGACAUUCAAUUUGCUGAUGCUAAGCCGGAGGACCCGAGCUACCGUAUCGUGCAUUUAGCAGAGAAUCCUUUGGAGAUGGCGUUUCGUCAACGUGUGGAAAAUCUAAACAGAUUGGAAGAGGAGAAUGAGAGGCUGCGCGCUAGGAUCAAGGUCCUGGAGGAGUUUGGACAUUGUCAGGAUGUCACUGCCCAGGUGCAGCUGAAGCUGGAUCAGGAUGGUGCACUUCCUGACCGAAAAAGCCUUCAAGAUCAGCUGGCUUCGGCCGAAGCCAAGAACCGGCGGCUCGUGGACGCGUUUCGCCGCACCAGUCAAGACUUCCGGCAAGGCUGCUAUGCAUUGACUGGCUACCGGAUUGAUGUGCUGAGUCAGGGCCACUACAAGCUGACUCACAUGUAUGCCGACUCGCCCGACGACUACCUGCUGUUCCAGAAUGCCCAGCAGAAGAUGAACGUCCUGGAGACAGAUUAUCUGCGCCAGCUCGGGGGACUAGCAAGCACUUACCUCGAGAAGUACGACAGCAUCCCAGCUUUUCUCAGUGCCCUGACCCUGAAGCUUUUUGCACGUCAGAAUGACCUCGAAGACUCACAGCUGUAAACCAGCUAUAGAACCUGGUGCAUCUGCAUAUCAAUGUUGCAUAAAUCCAUCUUUCAUUAUGUUACUUUUGUAAUGUUUCCUCAGGUCAUGCAUUGUCUGAAAUAAAUGCCAUCCAACUCUGCUGAAGCCCUA